AUAUUUUCACAAUUAUUAUGUAAUUUUUUAGUUAUCUCAGUGAUUGUAACUACAAAUUUAGGUCCACUUAAGGGUAGAGAAAUAUUUGUGUCCGAAAAAAACCAAAGCAUUUCAUUAUUUCAAGGAAUUCCUUACGCAAAGCCACCGAUCGGUAAUCUCAGGUUCAGACGGGCCGUUGCUUUAGACAAAUGGUCGGGUGUUUGGGACGCGACUUAUCCUCGGCCGUCAUGUGUUCAGCCAAAAGAGGACAAUAUCAGCGAAGAUUGUCUGUUCCUCAACAUCUAUGUACCACAUAAUACAUUCACAAAUAAUACCAAAUAUAUGAAAAAGAGUGUAAUGUAUUGGAUUCACGGCGGAUCAUUCAUAACUGGAUCCAUAUCAUACGAUCAGUUCAAUGCCACAUACCUGUCCGCUUUGGGUGAUGUCAUUGUGGUUGAAGUCGGCUAUAGGUUGUCUGCAUUAGGAUUUCUAUACGACGGCACAGAAGAAGCUCCGGGAAAUCAAGCGUUUAGUGACUAUUUAAUAAGUCUUCAAUUUAUUCAAAAAAAUAUUGAGUUCUUUGGCGGCGAUCCAAACUCAGUGACGAUAUUUGGUGAAAGUGCCGGAAGUAUGGCUGUGUCGGCUCUAAUGUUGAUUAAAAAUGGUCGCAAUCUAUUCAAUAGGACUAUAAUGCAAAGUGGAUCAGUUAAUUCGUAUUUGGGAAGUGAACCGAAAGAGUCGGCUCUUAUCAAAGCACAAGAUUUUGCCACAAAAUUCAAUUGUUUUGAUAACAGCAGUAAUAAAAUAAACAUUUCGUGUCUCAGAAGUAUUGAUGUCAAACAAAUUGUUAACAUUUGUGAUACAAUGCGAUAUAACAAUCAAUUUUUUACUCCAAUUUUUGGCGACCAAUUCUUGCCAUUAAAACCAGAAAUAGCACUUAAAAGAGGAGACUUCAAGAAAAAUGUUGACCUAUUGUUUGGGACGUGUAGUGAUGAGGGAUCGGGAUUUGUGUCUGAUCUUGGAUUUCAAGAUAUGCUGCCCGACAGUCCUAAUAACUCUAUGACUGUCUCGAAAUCCAAAUUAUUUAUACAAUUAAUUUUUAGUGUAAUGAAGGUAUCAAAUAUCAAAAAAGUUGCAGACUUUUAUACAAAAGGUCUCAAAGAUAGCGACGGUGUAAUGUUAAAGAAAGCAGUGGCCAACUCUUUCGGUGAUUACCAAUUGACGUGUCCUACUAUCAGCUUUGGUAGUAAAAUGGUCUUAUCUGGUAAAGCAUAUUCAUAUAAAUUAACAUUCAGUACGAGACACGACUGGACAGGAGUACAACACGGAGAUGAUAUACAAUAUGUAUUUGGAGGUCCACUAAGAAAUUCAAAUCAUUAUAGCGAUGACGUUAAACAUCUGAGUCAUACUUUCAUUAAUAUUUGGACCACUUUUGCCAAAACUGGUGUACCGCCAAAAGUCAAUGGUAUUGAUUGGCCCGAAGCUAUUGAUAGAAACCACGCAAAGGCAUCGGUCAGGUAUAUGACACUCAAUCCAAACAACUAUAAAAUAGUUGAUAACGCCUACAGACAUACCUGCGAUGACUUCUGGAACAAACAAAUCAAUACAUAA